AUGGAUGAUAGGGAAGAGUUGUCGGCUGUUACAGCAGUUGAACCUCCUGUUGUCAAUUCAGAAUGGGAUGAUGGCAUUGAUAUUAGUCUUCAUCAAGAAUUUGCGACUAGAGAAGAAGUGAGGGAUUUAGUGGACAAAGGUGUGCAUUCCAAUUGUUUUGAGGUUGAUAUACAGAAGUCGAAUCCUCGGGUUUACAUAUUGAAAUGUCGUGGGGCUGGAUGCAGAUGGUAUUUACGAGCUGCAAAGCUGAAGAACUCUGAUUUUUUCUCUAUCAUAACGUAUAGAAAGAUUCAUACGUGCUCUCGUGGAGAUGCAAGUGUCAUGAAGAAGAAGAAAAGAGGCACGCCAAGCUUGGUCGCAUCAGUGGUGCACUCUGAUUAUCCCGGCAAAUACAAGACUCCGGAUCCAAAGACUCUCAUAGAUUUGGUGCAGAACAAGCUGGGUGUUAAGGUUUCAUAUUCUACGGCUUUGAGAGGGAAAAAUAAAGCUUUGAGUGAUUUGCGUGGUAAUCCGGAGGAGAGUUUUGCUAGGCUGCCAUCUUACUUGUACAUGUUACAAAGGAUGAAUCCUGAUACCAUUACACGAUUAGAAGUGGAUGAGAAGAACCAGUUUAAGUAUAUGUUCUUUGCGCUCGGAGCUUGCAUCGAAGGGUUCAAGGCGAUGAGGCAAGUGAUAAUAAUGGAUGGAACUCACCUGAAGGGUGUGUACAAAGGAGUGCUUCUCAUUGCCACUGCUCAAGAUCCAGAUCAUCAUCAUUAUCCCCUUGCUUUUGCAGUAGUAUAUGGUGAGAAAAAUGCAAGCUGGGAGUGGUUUUUAACUAUAUUAAAAACUUUGAUACCAGAUGAUCCUCAGCUUGUAUUUUGUACUGAUAGAAACCAAAGCAUCAUCAAGAAAGUACACGAGGUAUACCCAUUGGCGAUCCAUGGAUAUUGCAAUUAUCACUUGUCUAAUAAUGUCAGCGGAGCUUGCAGCAAUGUUAAUAAGAAAGGGAUUGCCAAAAAAUUUAGAAGUAUUGCUGGUAUUUACAGUGAGGUGGAGUUCAUCAAAUGCUACAACGAUUUCAGGAAAAUGUAUCCUCAAGCGGCCGAGUAUCUAGAUGACAGUGUUCAUGAGACAAAAUGGGCAAGAUGUAAAUUUUCGGGAGAAAGGUACAACAUAGACACAACCAAUACUGUUGAAUCUAUCAAUGGUGUUUUGAAGGAACCAAGGAAAUAUGCGUUGUUGCCAAUGCUUGAUGUGAUCGUGGAAAAGAUAACAGAAUGGUUCAACAAAUACCGUCUAUUAUCUCUACGCGUACCAGAGAGGCAGAUACUAAUCCCACAUGUGCAUGAGAUAUUGCAUCACAUAUAUCUUACGGCUAAAAAGCUGAAGGUGACCGAGCUAAAUACAUUUGAAGGUCACUACAAUGUGCUUGGCGAGGAUGGUCAUGGUUAUUUGGUUGAUCUGAGCAACAAACCAUGCUAUUGUAGGUGUUUUGAUAUUGAUCGGUAUCCUUGUGUGCAUGCACUUGCUGCCAUCAUGGCGCGUGGAGAAAUGGCUGAACAUUAUUGUUCAACGUAUUACUGGAUGGAGCAGUGGACUUUGGCAUAUUACCGGACAAUAUAUCCAGUGCCUCAUCAUUCAACAUGGGAAAGUUCUGAAAUUCCUGAGGAAAUCCGAUCUCAGGUUGUCCUCCUUCCGUAUGUGGAGAAAAAAAAAGGAAGACUACAAGUUACUAGAUUCCCAUCUGCCGGAGAAUAUCAGAGGAAGAGAAAGAAGAAGUUUCCACCAUUGAUUGGUGAAAACGAAGAAAGUGGCAGUGAUGGCAGUGACAGUGAUAGCAGUGGUAGUGACAGCAGUGGAAAUGGGAACGAAGGAGGUGACAACGAAGGAAGUGGUAACGAAAAAAAUGAUGAAUGA